GGGGCGGCGCGGCGCUGGUGUCAUGGCGGCGCGAAGAUGGCGGCGCUGGCCUACCACCUGGGCCGGCGGGAGAUCAACCACUACUUCAACGUCAGGAGCGCCAAGCUGCUCGCCCUGGCCGCCGUCCUGCUGCUCGCCGUCUGCCACGCCGCCUCCCGCCGCUACCGAGGGGACGACUCGUGCGAGUCCCUUCUCUCCAGCGGCCGGUUUCUCGGGGAUAAAGUGUGGCAACCGCACAGCUGCAUGAUGCACAGAUAUAAAGUCAGUGAAGCCAAAAGCUGCCUCGUGGAUAAGCGCAUCGUGUUUGUGGGAGAUUCCAGAAUUCGCCAGCUCUUCUAUUCCUUUGUGAAAAUCAUCAACCCUCAGUUCAGAGAAGAAGGAAACAAGCAUGAAAACAUUCCUUUUGAAGACAAAGCGACGGCCGUGAAAGUGGACUUCCUGUGGCACCCAGAGGUCAAUGGCUCCAUGAAGCAGUGUAUCAAAGCAUGGACAGAGGAUUCUGCGGCGAAACCCCACAUCAUCGUGGCAGGCGCAGCCACGUGGUCCAUCAAGAUGCGCAACGGCAGCAGCGAAGCCCUGGCUCAGUAUAAAAACAACCUGUCGGCCCUGGCGCCACUGCUGGAGAAGCUGGCCAAGACCAGUGAUGUUUACUGGGUCCUGCAAGACCCCGUGUCGGAAGAACUCCUGAGCGAGCGGCGGAAGAUGAUCACCAACCAGCAGAUCGACGCCUACAACGAGGCGGCGGUCGGCAUCCUGAACGGCAGCGCCCGCGGCACCAAGUCCCGCGUGCGGGUGUUCAGCGUGUCCACGCUCAUCGCUCGGGAGACCAUCGCCAAGUCUCCGGACGGCCUGCACCUCCCAGAGUCCAGCAGGGAGACGAGCGCCAUGAUCCUCAUGAACGUGUACUGCAACAAGGUCCUGCGACCGGUGGACGGGUCCUGCUGCCGGCCCCGUCCCCCCCCGACCCUCCUGCAGAAGCUGGCCGCCGCCUUCUUCGCCCUGUCCACGGCCGGCUAUGCGCUCUUCUACCUCGUCCGCCGCCACGGCCGCCGCAGGAACAAGCCCUGCCCCGACCCGGAGGGCGGCGGCGGCGGCGACGACGAGGAUGACAGGAAAUCCGCGUCCUCCGCCGCCGCGAUGGCCGCGGCGUCGCCCCCGCCAUCGGAGUUGCUCCUGCAGUCGCUGUGCAAGCUGGGCCUGAUCAUGGCCUACUUCUACCUGUGCGACCGGGCCGACUUCUUCAUGAAGGAGAACAAGUUCUACACCCACUCGGCCUUCUUCAUCCCCAUCAUCUACAUCCUGGUCUUGGGCGUCUUCUACAACGAGAACACCAAGGAGACCAAGGUGCUGAACAGGGAGCAGACGGACGAGUGGAAAGGCUGGAUGCAGCUGGUGAUCCUGAUCUAUCAUAUUUCCGGAGCGAGCACGUUUUUGCCUGUGUACAUGCACGUCCGUGUGCUGGUAGCGGCCUACCUCUUUCAGACCGGCUACGGCCACUUCUCCUUCUUCUGGCUCAAAGGAGACUUCGGCAUCUAUCGCGUGUGCCAGGUGCUGUUCCGGCUGAAUUUCCUGGUGGUGGUGCUGUGCAUCGUGAUGGACCGGCCCUACCAGUUCUAUUAUUUCGUCCCACUGGUCACCGUCUGGUUCGUGGUCAUCUACGUCACCUUGGCCCUGUGGCCGCAGAUCAUCCAGAAAAAGGCCAACGGAAGCUGCUUCUGGCACUUCGGCCUGCUGCUGAAACUGGCGUCCCUGUUCUCGUGCAUCUGCUUCCUGGCGUAUUCUCAGGGAGCGUUCGAGAAGAUCUUCUCGCUGUGGCCGCUCUCCAAGUGCUUUGAGCUGAACGGCAACGUGUACGAGUGGUGGUUCCGGUGGAAGCUAGACCGCUACGUGGUGUUCCACGGCAUGGUGUUCGCCUUCGUCUACCUGGCGCUGCAGAAGCAGCAGGCGCUGUCCGAGGGGAAGGGCGAGCCCCUCUUCUCCACCCGCGUCUCCAACUGCCUGUUGUUCGUCUCCGUGGUGUCGUUCCUGACAUACUCCAUCUGGGCAAGCAGCUGCAAGAACAAGGCCGAGUGUAACGAGCUUCACCCAUCCGUGUCCGUGGUGCAGAUCCUCGCCUUCGUCCUGAUCCGCAACAUCCCUGGCUACGCCCGGUCCGUCUACAGCUCCUUUUUCGCCUGGUUCGGGAGGAUCUCUCUGGAGCUGUUCAUCUGCCAGUACCACAUCUGGCUGGCGGCGGACACGCGGGGCGUGCUGGUGCUCAUCCCCGGGAACCCGGUGCUCAACGUGGCCGUCAGCACCUUCAUCUUCGUAUGCGCCGCCCACGAGGUGUCGCAGAUCACCAACGACCUGGCGCGGGUCUUCAUCCCCAAGGACGGCGCCGCCCUGCUCCGCCGGCUCGGCUGGACGGCCGGCUUCUUCUCCGGCCUCCUCCUCGUCUCCUCCCUCCAGGACCGGCGGGGACACUGACGCUCACUCUCACGCCCUGCCGGGGACGCCACUGCGGCCGGCCGCGCCCCGGAGACCGGGCACCCGCCAGGGGGUGGGGCACGGCCCCGGGCCCGACGACCCCCGGGCGGUGCCGCCGGGGGUGCGACCGUGGAGCCUCUGAGCCGCGUGGGCGGGCGUGGGCCCGCGGUGGCCGGGGCUUCCUCUCGGAACGGCGUGUGGGACGGAAACGCACUUGGGCUGUGCCGUCUCGCUUCGGUUUCCGUCAGGGUGGCCGUCGGAAUGGAGCGGUCGGUGGAUCGGGAAUCGGGAUUCUGAUUCGGGGGCGCCUCCUUCCUUGGGGCAGGGGGUGGGUCCGGGAGCCGAAGACGGCCCAGGUUCCCGGGAGAGCAGCCCGUGGGCGCGGAUAGGGCCUCGUGGCCGGUUGGACUCGCCGGGCACCGCCAGGCCCUGUGGGAGAAGGGUGGGGAGACUCAGGGUAGGGUCAGCAGAACUCCACUGACGGCACCUCCAUCGGCCUGUUCCCUUCUAACCUCGGGCAUUCGUCCCUGCUCUCUCCGUUCCAUUGUACCUCUCGGUGUCCGGCGGGGGCUGUGGCCGGGCAGAGGGCGGAGGGAUGAGCUCUGCUUGGUCACAGGGCCGUCGCCCGCCUGGCAUCGCCUUGUGAGGGUCAGCCCCGGUCGCGGCCGCUCCUGGGCCACGGUCCCCUUGGGAACGGUCCAAGGCCCAAGGCCGAAGGGAGGGGCCGGAGCAGCCUUGGGCGGCCCGAGCCUCAAACCCGCUGCUCUGUGCCGGCCUCCCCUGGCCGCUGGGUCAGGCCGGGCUCCGGCCCCCGCUCCGUCCCUGGGGUGUCGCGGAUGCGGGCGGGGAGCGAACGGAGACACGUUUUUGCCCAUCUGGCUCCGGCCCGGACCCUCGAGUUCGCUCUCGAGCUGUGGCGAUUCCUUCCUCUCGGACGCAUCGUCCAACGAACCCUCCCUGUGCCCCUUCUGCCUCUCCCGGGUCGGGGGCUGUUUCCACCCCGCUCCAGUCGGUCCUGUCCGUCUGCCCCUCCGCUUGGCAGCGUGCCCCCUCUGCUUGGAUCGGAGCGACGCUCGUCCCUCUGCUCAGCACGGUACGCUUCCGCCUGUCCACUCCACUCGGUACGCCCUGCCCGUCCUUCCACUCCGGUCAGGACUGCCUUGGCCUUCCCCCUCCCCCUCCUCUCUGCCCGGUACCCGCCCCUUCACCCCCGGCCGCCCGCUCCGAGGGCGUCGGCGGCCCACACAGAUUCCUUUCCCCAUGAGCGUUUUCAGCCCUCGGGUGACAUGGGGAAGGUUUUCCCAGGUUCGUUUUGUAGAUAGAAGCGUAUUUAUCUGUUGUACAGAUUUGGUUUUGAUUUUUAUGGUGGAAAGAUUGCACUUGUUUGUUCUGACUGUAUGUGGGGUAAAAUAUAUUUUCUGUUGGUUCUGUGAGGACUUGGAGUAAUUUAAAUGGUCAAUAAAUGUUCUGUGGAUGCUUAUUUUUGUAUUGG